UGGAAUAAUGGAGGACUGUCUUUUCCACCCGGACUUAUGCUGUCUGUAUUUCUACUCUACUACCUUUCUUUUUUAAGAAAAACAACUCGUGUACAUUUCAGCACGUAGUUGAGGUCAGAGUAAAAUACCUAAGAUGACUACAGACAAGCCUGCCCAAAGUGUGGGCUCCAGGAUAAUGACGUUCUCCCCCUCCAAAGAGGAGUUCAAGGACUUCAACCGAUACAUCGACUAUAUGGAGUCACAAGGAGCACACAAAGCUGGAAUUGCGAAAGUAAUUCCACCUAAAGGCUGGAAACCUCGAAAAACAUAUGAUGACAUCGAUGACCUGGUGAUACCUGCUCCCAUUCAGCAGGUAGUGACAGGCCAGUCAGGACUGUUCACACAGUACAACAUCCAGAAGAAGCCAAUGACCGUCCAUGAGUUCCGCAAGACAUCCAACAUGGACAAGUUCUCCAAUCCUCGAUAUGUGGAUGUUGAGGAGCUGGAGAGGAAGUUUUGGAAGAACUUGACCUUCAACCCCCCCCUUUACGGUGCUGAUGUCAGCGGAACACUGUAUGAUUCAGAUGUGACUGAGUGGAACAUCGGCCACCUCAACACCAUUCUGGACACGGUAGAGAACGAGAGUGGGAUCAAGAUCAAAGGAGUGAACACACCGUACCUCUAUUUUGGGAUGUGGAAGAGUGCCUUUGCGUGGCACACAGAGGACAUGGAUCUGUACAGCAUCAACUACCUGCACUUUGGAGAGCCAAAGUCCUGGUAUAUUGUCCCACCAGAGCAUGGGAAGAGACUGGAACGACUCGCCAAGGGUUUCUUUCCAGGGAAUGCCCAGAGCUGUGAAGCCUUCCUGCGCCACAAGAUGACAUUAAUUUCACCCUCAAUCCUGAAAAAAUAUGGCAUACCAUUUGAGAAGGUGACUCAGGAGGCUGGGCAGUUCAUUGUGACGUUCCCAUUUGGUUAUCAUGCUGGUUUCAACCAUGGCUUCAACUGUGCUGAGUCGACCAACUUUGCCACCCAGCGAUGGAUUGAUUACGGCAAACAGGCGACACUGUGUUCGUGCCGACAGGACAUGGUGAAGAUCUCCAUGGACGUGUUCGUACGCAAAUUUCAGCCCGACCGUUACAAGCUGUGGAAGGCAGGGAAAGACACCGCUCCCAUCGACCACUCCAAAGUCACCCCUGAGGCCACUGAGCUUCUGGAACAAGACAACAGCGAACCUUCAAAAGAGACUCCCACUGAAGCUGUGUCUGAGGAGCCCACUAGUCCCAUCCUGGAGGACAAAAGUCCAAAGCCUCAGACUGGGACAAAGCGUCAGCUCGAAGCUGAUAAAGCAUCUGCAGAUAUCAAACCUGAGCUGACGAUAGAGGAGGUGGAGCCAAAGAAGGCCAAGCUGUCACGCAAGGAGACUCCCACUAAAGUCUCUGUGAAGCCCAAUAAAGACACAGUAAAAGUCAAGACGGAGCCUAAGAAGGAGAAAGAAGCCAAGCCUCAGAUGAAAUCUCAAUCCAGACCCAGGGCUAAGAAGACUCGCAACAGACAAAGCAUUAUGAAAAAAGAGAAGAACGGUGUGCCAGCUGCAAAAAGCUGUCCAUCAGAGCACAUUGAGAGCCAGGGGGCGGGUCUCUGCUCUGAGGAGGAGAGUCAGCGGGGGGGCAGCUGCAGCCCGCCACACAAAGCGUUCCAGAGGACGCUGAGCCCCGCGGACGUCCUGCACGUACACAGCUACGCCAAGGGAGACUACGCAGAGGGAGAGCCCCCCCCGAAGGAGGAGAGGACGAGUGAGGACAGUGACAAUGAGAUUGAGAAUGACUACAGAAAUGUUUGCAAAGCACAGCGGGCCGGAGAGGCAACUGGAGAUGAAGAGGAAGAGAAUGACCUGGGACAGCUUCCAGGCCACCAUCCACUCAUAAAGGACGGCAUGAGUGAUGAAGAGGUUCCAGAGGAGGCACCCCGGGUAGAGGAGGGUGGCCUGGAGGGGGAGAGCUGGGCUAAACCUCUGGCUCACCUGUGGCAGAACAGACCCCCCAACCUGAAGAAAGAGAAGGAGUACAACCAGCGCAUGGAAUCCAAACCUCCAUACUGCUCCAUUUGCAUGCUGUUCUACACAUACCAGCAGACGGAAUGUGCCAGCAUUGUGGACAGUCCCGUCAUGGUUCCUGGGGGGGGCAUGCGGACCAAACCACUGAUCCCAGAGAUGUGUUUCACCACCACCACAGAGGAGGACUCUGAGUGUGAGGAGCCGCCCGUAACGCCUCAUCUAGAGGAAGACGGAACCAGCCUCCUCAUCAGCUGCUCUCAGUGCAGCAUCCGGGUUCACACCAGCUGUUACGGUGUGGAUCCAGCCAGUGUGAGCAAGGAGUGGAAAUGUGCGCGCUGCAAGGCCAACGCCAUGAAUGAGAAUUGCUGUUUGUGUUCGCUGAGAGGUGGAGCCUUGCAGAAAGCCAACAACAACAAGUGGGUACAUGUGCUGUGUACAGUUGCUGUGCUGGAGGCACGCUUUGUCAACAUCACUGAAAGAAGUCCUGUGGAUUUAAGUGGAAUCCCUUUGCAGAGAUUUAAACUGAAGUGCUACUACUGUAAGAAGCGGAUGAAGAAGGCGUCUGGCUGCUGUGUGCAGUGCUCUCAUGGCCGCUGCCCCACUGCCUACCACCCCACCUGUGCCCAGGCUGCAGGAGUGCUCAUGCAGCCCGAUGAAUGGCCCUUUGUAGUCCACGUUACCUGCUGUCGACACAAAGGGCCCACUCAGAUUGAGCGCAAUAAAGCAGCCAUGCAUGAGCUGACGGUGGGACAGAAGGUGAUCUGCAAGCACAAGAACGGCCGCUACUACCAGUGUGACGUGGUGCAGCUGACUAAAGAGACCUUCUACGAAGUCAACUUUGACGAUGGUUCCUUCAGUGACAAUCUCUUCCCCCAAGACAUCGUGAACCGAGACUGUGCUCAGCUUGGGCCCCCCCCUCAGGGUGAGGAGGUGAAGGUGCGAUGGACAGACGGCCUGGUGUAUGGGGCCAAAUUUGUGGCAUCGCGUGCCAUCUACAUGUACCUGGUGGAAUUUGAGGAUGGGUCUCAGCUAACGGCAAAGAGAGACGACGUCUAUGCUCUGGAUGAGGAACUCCCAAAGAGAGUCAAGUCAAGACUGUCUAAAGCGUCCGACAUGAGAUUCGAUGGCAUCUUCGAGGAGAAGGAGAUCAUCAAGAAGUCAAAGAGACAGAGAGUGAUCAACUCGCGUUACAGAGGGGACUACAUCGAGCCUGUGAUCUACAGAACCAUCAUGGAGUAACGCUCACUUCCUGUCCGCUCUCACACACGCACACCAGCAGCCUGACACUCUGAACUGUACCCAAACAUUAGCUUAGCAGCUAGCCACUGACAGACUGUAGCUCCACAUCUUUUCCUUCAGGGCUCGCUUUGGACUGUUCUCCUUUUUUUACUUCCAUCUUUGUUCCUUCAAUCAAACUUAUAUUGGCUUUGUUUGACUCCGAUUAAAGAGACUGCAGCAUUUAUUUAUUUCAGUAGUUCCUGUACCUGGCAGUACGUAGAAGAAGGAAGCAUUACAAAAAUGGUAUUUGUUUAAUAAACUAGCAUUUUGACAGUAAUGCAACUUGAAAUGUAUUCUAAUUAAUUUCUCUCUACAAAACAUUUCAAUUGGAAAAGCCAUUAGCGGCUAAUAAGCCGAGCCUGACAAUUAUCCCAGUUAAAGCUUUUUUAAUUUACAUUUUAAAGUUAUAAGGUAGGACUUAAAUGUGCCCUUACAUUUCUAAAUGAAUGAUUUCAAAUGAAUACUUUUAUUGACAUUUUUCAUAUCAUGUAAUCUAAUUUUGUGUGCUAAUUUUUUAUAAUUGUUUCUGUCUGCAACUAACAAUUAGUUUUGUUUAUAGUUUCAGAAAUGAGUGAAAAAGGCUCAUCCCAAUUGCCCUGAACUGAAAUUAAAUCUUCAUUAUUCAAUUUAAAAUAAUAUCAAACGGAACAAGUACCAAUUUGGCAUUUUCGCUUAAAAUAUGAUAAAUGAAUUAUGUUCAUUCAUAAGUCUGUUGACUUGACAUUUAGCUCUAAAGAUCCUACCCCUGAUACCUGCCAGGCUCCAUAUCCUGCCAUGCUCAUUUCAUUCAACACAACUUUUUAAGGACUAUGCACCAUGUUUACAUAAAAGCAGUUCAAAAUAAUUAAGUCCUUAAAACUUACACCCACUCUUUUGGUCUGCUAUGUGCAAGACAUUUUUUAAUAAAUGACAUUGGAUCAAACCAAACUAACACAGGCCCUACCUUUUAACAGAAUGAAGCCCUGACUCCGACACAAAAGGUACUGCGUGUGUCAGGAAGCAGAGCUUUACGUUAUUAGCUCCAUUUACUUGGCUCCACCUCUCAAUGUGAUAACGCACAUCAUUCAACAUGAGUCCAUACAGCCACUGUCUUUGGAAUCCUUCACCAUGGUUCAACUCUUUACAGACAUCUAAUCAACUCAAUUGCACUGAUAUUAUCUUUUUAAUGAUUUGAAUUACUCUCCUAAAGUUUUGUAUCAGGUAGCUGAUCAGCUGGAACGAUGCCCGAUGUUUUUGCUCACGAGUUUUUGUGAAACAAUUAUUUAGAUCAUUUCUAUCCGCAAACAAAAAGUAAUGAAACUACUAAAGGUUUUUUGUUAUAUUAGUGCAGGUACAGUGCUUGAGUUUCUGGUCUAACAAUUAAAUAACCUUUUGGUUAUCUUUAAAAAAAAAUGGAUGAGAAUUGUUUACAUUUUUAAGGUUCAUGACUGGAAACCAAAUACGUUUUUAAAUGUUCAAAAGAUUUGUAUCAAGAUUAGCCACCUGACAAGAUAUGUUUACUGACAGCUUUUGGUACUUGAAAUUAGAUAUCAGAAGAUUUAAGUAGAAGUUUAAAAAAGAAAACUUCAAAUAACGUUUGAAGAAUAUUGAUAGUAGGCGUGGUUCAUUCAUUCCUUUUCAGGCCUUUUAACUGCAGUUGAAGCUAUAAAAACAUGUUAAAUUGCCCUUGAGAUUAGAUUAUUCAAACUUUAGUUUUUUGGAAAAGUGUGACCACAAUAUGUCUCGAGCCGACAUUGUGAUUUACUGUUUAGUGUGACAACAAAUUGAGAUUAUAAUAUAACGUUUUGGACAUAUUGACCACAGAAUUGGAGUGCUUCAAACCUGGCUUGAGCAAAAGAAAAUAUAUAUAUUAUUAUAUAAAAAUAAUCUCCCUACAACUUUAAGAAACUGCUCCCACAUGCGAGUAUACACUUUUUCCCCAGCAUUUCAGAUGAACAAAUAGAUUCAAAAAAUAAUAAUAUAUGGAUGAAGUAUUUCUUUAAGUGGUAGCAAUCCCAUUUAAUCCACUGAUUGCAUUCUGCUGAUUGAACUGCAUUCCUUUAUUAGAAGUGAAUAAAGCUUGUUUUACCUGCCUAUUUAUUAAGGUGCUUUGAGAAAGUUUUGCAUUACAGACAGGAGUAGCAUUAAUGCUGCCGAAGUUGAGUUUAAUGAUGUAUUUUUUCUACAGUAUACAGAUGAAUUUAUUCAGAUUUAUAACGUGCUUUGUCUAUACAUUUGUUUCCUCGCUCUUCUACUCAAAGUUGUGCAUUGCACUUUUAUUUAAGUUUAGUUUGCGAGGACAUUUAAAUAGGUGUGUGCUGCCAAUGCGUACCUGUUAUAGAAUGUUAAUUGUACAUUUAUGAAAAGUCUUAUGGAUUGUUCGCCCCUCCCGCUCGGCCAAGCUCAUGUGUGAGUCUUGUUCUUGUGGUUGUGAGGCUGCAGUACAGACAGAGGAAUGCUAGUUUUAUAGUUAGCUGUUAGCCGUUAGCCAAUGCAAAGACCCCGCUUUCAUCAGUCCAGUGAAGAAUGGAUUUUUGUAUUCAUGAAGUAUCAUCAGAGUUCAGAGGGGAUUUUCUUAACUGUUUUAUUGCGCUGUUUUGUAAAACAUGUUCUAUGUGUGUUUUCACAGAAUGCUGUGAAGUGUAAAUGUCAUGUAGUCUAUUUUAAGAUGUUACCCGUUGACGCAGGAGAGGAGCGUUCUGUUCUUGUUGCUGAAUUUACAGAUUAUUAUUCAAGCAAUUUCUAAAACUCAUCUGUUCGUUUAAGUAAAGAAAUUUGCUUCAGCAC